AUGACAGAACCCAUGACCUUUCUAGAUACUGGUGCAUCAACUGAUGCAAAACACACAUCGUACGAAGAGGUUUCAGUGAAAGAGAACACAUCAGCCGUCUUCAGCCAUAAAUUUACUCCAGCAACCAGCGAGACUUUUGAAGACUCGAGCUUUAAUGUUGAAAUAAAAUUGUGUGAAAAGGAAACAUACCACAUUGUUUGCUGGUGCCGUUGGAUGUCUGAUAGUAAUGGUGUGUGUAAAAAUCAAACAAUUUCUUCAGUCUGCGAGGCCGACAAAUCAGAAAUGCGCUUUACCUUGUUUGUAAAGCGAACCUACAGGGACAUCAUGUGGGAGCUCUUCAGACAGAACUCUACUCCACUUGUACUUAAAUACUCAAAGCUGCAAGUGACCUAUCCGGCAACAAUCACAGCGCUGCGUUUGAAUGGCCGAGAUGUUAAUGGGACUGAGUAUGUUGCCGAGAACCAGGAGUCCAGCAUCUCGUGUUCCUUUAUUAAUGGAAACCCUGCAGUUAGCAUUCGCUUAGUGGAUGGCAAAGGGAGCACACUCAGCUCGACAAGACAAAAAGAGGGACCACUCGUGCUGUCGCGAGAUUUUAACUGCAACGAUGUGAGGCUGACCAUCGGAUGUGAGGCGCCGGGGUCGGAGCUAAACCGAUAUGUGACCAUUCUUGUCAAAUGUUUGCCUGAGUUGUCCCCCAUAUCUAAGCAAGUCUUAGAUUUAGCGAGAAUCGUAGGUGAAAAAAUAACAUUUCGAAUGAAAUCCUACACAAGCAAUAUAAGAAAAUGUCGGAUGACCAAGAUGCCUCCGCAGCCCAUCACGAAGGAAGUGGCAUGUAGCCUGAGUGGAAGUGUCCCGGAGUUUAAUUUGACAUUAAAUCUUUCGACUGAAUCAUGGAUUGGACAAGGGAUUUGGAUGCUACAUGUCAUAACAGAGAUAGGAAAUUCCAACAUAAGCUUUGGCCUCAUCGACAGCUCAGCCUUUUAG